GUCUUUUUCCUUCGACAACUUCUUUAAAAUGGGAGAUCAGUUAGCUAAUUUUUCAACAAGACAUUGUAUCAUACAAAAAAUUCAGCAACAAAAAUCUGAAGAUAUGGUGUCCAAGUCCAUCUUUGGAGUCCCUCUCAUUUGUAUACUCACAAUUGCCUUGCUUGCAAGCCUAACUGACGGAAUAAGAGGUCCAGGAGAGUAUUGGGAAAAGGUUAUGAAAGGGCAACCCAUGCCUGAAACCAUUAAAGCUUUUGCUAGUGAAGGCCCGAAAGAAGUCAAAGAGAAUAUAGGAACCAUUAAAGCCUUUAUCAAUGACUUUGAUUCAACAGCACCUGAUGCCACCAUUAUCUAUGAUGGUGUUAAGCCUGAGAAACUAAGAGCACGAAAAUUCAUUGUUGACUUUGAUUCAACAACACCUGAUGCCACCAUUAUUUAUGAUGGUGUUAAUCCUGAGAAACUGAGAGCACGCAAUUUUAUUGUUGACUUUGAUUCAACAACACCCGAUGCCACCAUUAUCUAUGAUGAUGUUAAUCCUGAGAAACUGAGAGCACGGAAUUUUAUUGUUGACUUUGAUUCAACAACACCCGAUGCCACUAUAAUUUACGACGUUGUUAAUCCAACAAAAGUGAUAUCCAAAGAUGUGGAUUGCAACACACAUGAUAAUGGGAUAACAUCCAGUAAAUUACUUGGUGAUGAUUUUGAACCUAGGCCUAAUAUUUCCGUGUACAAUGAUUAAGGGCAAGGUUUAUCAUGUGUACAAGUGGUUGUUGGCUGUUGAUCCAUAUAUUCCUUACGUUUGUUAUAUUUGUAAUUCCCUUGUGUUUGCAUGACGAGUGUUGUUGUUUCCCUAUCAAGUUAAUAAAAAUUGAUACCUUGUGUGUUUUAUGA